AUGAAGAACCAAGGCGGGGAGACCAAAGCUGCCCCCCAGGCUGGUGGCUCCUCCAAACCAAGCAGUGGGCUGGGGCUGGAGGAGGGAGACUCACCAGAAGCUGCUGCACCCCUGGAAGCUCCCCUGGCCCCCGAGGACACCAAGUCCUCCCGGCCCGUGCGUGACGUCUCAGAGGAGCUCAGCAGGCAGCUGGAGGACAUCCUCAACACCUACUGUGUGGAUGCCAGCCAGGAGGCCCCGGGGGAGGACGGGGGGCAGGGGGAGCCCGAGGAGCCCGAGAAGGGAGGCAGCGAAUCCCCCAGGAACGGGGAGCAAGAACCAGGUCCUGAGAUGAAUGGGGAGAAGGAGAACACCAAGGGGACUGAGGAAUUCCGGCCUGAGGAGUGUGGGGAGCGGGACCAGAAGAAGGUUCAGGAGAAGAAGAAAGCCAAGGGCCUGGGCAAAGAAAUCACUUUGCUGAUGCAGACCCUGAACACCCUGAGCACACCAGAGGAGAAACUAGCAGCGCUGUGCAAGAAAUACGCUGAGCUGUUGGAAGAGCACCGGAACUCCCAGAAACAGAUGAAGAUCUUGCAGAAGAAGCAGACCCAGCUGGUGCAGGAGAAGGACCACCUGCAGAGUGAGCACAGCAAGGCCAUCCUGGCCCGCAGCAAACUGGAGAGCCUGUGCCGCGAGCUCCAGAGGCACAACCGCACCCUCAAGGAGGAGGGCGUCCAGCGCGCGCGGGAGGAGGAGGAGAAGCGGAAGGAGGUGACAUCCCACUUCCAGCUGACACUGAAUGACAUCCAGCUCCAGAUGGAGCAGCACAAUGAGAAGAACUCCAAGCUGCGCCAGGAGAACAUGGAGCUGGCAGAGAGGCUCAAGAAGCUGAUCGAGCAGUACGAGCUGCGGGAGGAGCACAUCGACAAGGUGUUCAAACACAAGGACCUGCAGCAGCAGCUGGUGGAUGCCAAGCUCCAGCAGGCACAGGAGAUGCUGAAGGAGGCAGAGGAGAGACACCAGCGGGAGAAGGACUUUCUGCUGAAGGAAGCUGUGGAAUCACAGAGGAUGUGUGAGCUGAUGAAGCAGCAGGAGAUCCAUCUCAAGCAGCAGCUGGCUCUCUACACGGAGAAGUUUGAAGAAUUCCAGAACACCCUUUCCAAAAGCAGUGAAGUGUUCACAACAUUUAAGCAGGAGAUGGAGAAGAUGACUAAGAAGAUCAAGAAGCUGGAGAAGGAGACCACGAUGUACCGCUCUCGCUGGGAGAGCAGCAACAAAGCUCUCCUGGAGAUGGCUGAAGAGAAAACCCUUCGGGACAAGGAGCUGGAGGGGCUGCAGGUGAAGAUCCAGCGGCUGGAGAAGCUGUGCCGGGCGCUGCAGACGGAGCGGAACGACCUCAACAAGAAGGUGCAGGAUCUGUGUGCCCACCCGCCCCGCCUGGACCCCGACCUGCUGGAGCCCCUGAGGGACCCAGCCCGGGAGGGCUCGGAGGCACAGGGAGCUGCUCCAGCUGAGGAUUUCCUGCACCUGGGAAAGCCAAGGCCCAGCACGGAUCCUGCAGAGAGCCUGGGAGAACUGAGCAUAGGAGCCUUGGGGCAGAGCGGGACUGAGGAGGGCUCGGGGGGCACAGACUGA